AUGAACAAGUUAAACGGUUCAUACCCGGUGGUUGAAGUCGUGCGGGGUCCUAUAUUCAUCAUCAAUGAGCGAAGCAAAAUGCAGGACUUGAACACAGACUCUGAUCACAUCGAAUCUGCGGACAAAAUCAUCUACGAAAAUGCCGGGGGUAUCGAAAUCGUCAAAGCUGGGACUCUGGAAGGCUUAGUGGAGAACCUGACUCGGCCUGAUAAGCUAGAUGCGUUGUUCAAUCGCACAUUCCUCACCACAUACAAGUACUUCACCUCAACAGCUCAGCUUAUUGAUAUUUUGCUUGCUCGUUUUAACUGUCCACCGCCCAUAACAGAGGAAACAAAGUCCUUGGUUCGAUUAAGAGUUAUAAACGUCUUAAAGCAAUGGCUCGAGCACUUCUGGACCGAGAGAAAGUCCCCAGAGACAGAUCAAAAUCUAGAGAGAAUCCGAGAGCUCGCUUCAAGAGCUGCAGGAUCUUUGGAAGCAAGUGCCGUACAACAACUUCUCGGAAUUAUUCAACGACGACUUGCAGGUCUUGCUCGCAUGAAAAUAUCACGACAAUCCAUCUCAAAUCCACCCAAACCAAUACUGCCCCGGAAGCUAGACAAGCUUCAAUUCUUGAAAAUUGAAGCCAAAGAAAUUGCCCGACAACUAACGAUAAUGGAAUCACACAUGUUCAACAAAAUGGAACUAAAAGAGCUUUUCAAUAAAUCGUGGCAAAAGAAAGAGAGCUUUGCCGGACCAGCACCGUCCCCAAACAUCCGAGCUUUAAUUCGAUAUUCCAAUCAACUCUCUAAUAUGACCGGCUCUCUGAUUUUGGCAGAAACGGACUUUAAAAAGCGAGCCCAGGUCAUAGGCCACCUGAGCGCCCCUAUCUAUCGACUCACCCGCACCUGGGCAAUGGUAACAGAGAAAAGCUGCAACAUCUUAAGGCCUUUACAAGGUCUCACUUCGAGUGAACAAAACUACAACACCUACCGCGAAACACUGCGAGUCGCAGUACCACCAUGUAUACCUUUCCUUGGCCUCUACCUAAAAGACUUGACCUUCAUCGAAGACGGAAAUAAAGCGCAAACACCAGAAGGUCUAAUCAAUUUCCACAAAUGCACCAUGCUAUCAACGACAAUUCACGAGGUCCACCGGUUCCGAGAAGCUCCAUACUCCCUAUACCCCGUUCCAGAGCUACAAGAGUAUCUUGCAAGUCAACUACAAUCAGCCACAGGAUUGGACGAACUGUGGGAUCGAAGCUGUGAGCUGGAGCCCAGGGGCCGGGGCGAGUUGAAGCCGAGAGAUUUCUAUACCCCUACUGGAGGAAUGACGACAUCUAUGGUGGUUGCGUGUAUGGUUUUGGAUGAUUGA